AUGUGUAAUCGGCAAAAAGGGUGGCUUACAACGAUUAGGAACCGAGCGGAAAUCAUCGAAAGCUUUAAGCAGCAACAACUGAAU